GCUGUCAGCUGUGGUUGAGCCGCGCGGCUAGGCGCAUGGCAUUGUGGGAGCUCCUUCCUUUCCUCGUUGCCCAGCCAUCUUGGAGGUGCCUCUGGUAGGCCCGACGUGAGCCGCAAGGAUGGUGGCCGCCAAGAAGACGAAAAAGUCCCUGGAGUCCAUCAACUCUAGGCUUCAGCUGGUAAUGAAAAGUGGUAAAUAUGUAUUGGGAUACAAACAGACUCUGAAGAUGAUCCGGCAGGGCAAAGCCAAGUUGGUCAUCCUUGCCAACAACUGUCCCGCUUUGAGAAAAUCAGAAAUUGAGUACUAUGCUAUGUUGGCCAAAACUGGUGUGCAUCACUACAGUGGCAACAACAUUGAAUUGGGUACAGCUUGUGGAAAAUACUACAGAGUAUGUACGCUGGCUAUCAUUGACCCAGGUGAUUCUGACAUCAUUAGAAGCAUGCCAGAACAAACCAGUGAGAAGUAACAUUGCAGAACGUUUAUUUUUUGUGUAAUAAAAACUGGUUACAAAUCUA